AAAGGCCUCAAAAGGCUCGACCACACAAACUGUGGUUCAGCCAUCAUGGAGCUGAUUGGUGUUGCUUUGGCUGUGAUCUGUCUGCUGUCUGCAGGACAGUCGGCUCCUGUGAGCAACUGUGAAGAACUGGUGCAGCAUCUCCACCUCCCAGCAAGGGAGGAGAUACUCGGAAAAUGGGUGUUUAUAGGAGAGAGCACCGACGUACCCUCAUCGGCUUUGAUGACAAAGAUGUUUGUGGACUCUGUCUGGUUAAACCUCACUGCAGCUGACCAGGAAGACAGCAUCAUGUUUACUCAGAUCCAAAAAUCAUUUGGUAUUUGCACGCGUGUGUCAUCAAGUUAUACACUGAGAAACAACGCUUUUCACAUGGUGUAUCCAAUCAAAAGCAGGACUGUUCUGUUGAGGACCAGCUGUCCUGACUGUCUUGUUUUUAACUCAAACUUCAGCUUUGGAGGAAGCUUGUACUCCAACCUCCAGUUUCUCAGCAGGAGAAGGGAGGUCUCUGCUGCUGAGAAGGAAGAGUUUAAAAGGCAGACAGAGUGUCUGAACUUACCUCAAUUCAUCUUUCUGGAUUCAAAGAAAGAACUUUGUCCAGAUCCUUCGUCCGACAGCUCAAAUAGCGUCGAUUUGACCAGCAAGCUGAGCCUCUUGGAUUUUGACCAACUGGACAAGACUUUGAGAAAUGAAACAGAAGUGCAGAAACUCAUCGACAUGGGGUCUUCACAGUUAUCCACUCAGUGACGCAAAGUUAACACGCCACAGGUUUCGAAAGGGGAAAAAAAUUCAGAAAUAAAGGUUUUAAAUAAAAAUUAGUUUGAUA